CACCCCCCCUCUCUCUCUCUCUCUCUCUCUCUCUCUCUCUCUCUCUUCUCCCAUUUUUGAUUUUGCUCCGUCGAAUUCGCCCAAAUCCACCUCUCGGAUCGGAUCUCAUCGCCCUCGCCUCUGUUCUCCGCCGCCUCCGCCGCGGACCUCCGUCUCCAAUCGGGUUUUCGUGAGAUUUAGGGUUUCGAGUUGAGAUCCCAAGGCGAGGCUAUCAGUUUUGGGCGUAAUUUGGGUUUUACUUACUGCGGAGCAUGGAGUGAUCGCUUAGGGUUUCUGAAACCAACCCCAUUCAUGGGGAGCGGCGAAGCCGAUGCUCCGCCCAAGGCGCCGAAGGCAUCGGCGGCGCAGGAACAGCCGCCGCCGACUACUUCGGCACCGGCCACACCAGUAUACCCUGAUUGGUCAGGAUUUCAGGCGUAUUCGCCGAUUCCUCCGCCUGGGUUCUUUCACACAUCAAGUCCCCAGGCGCAUCCUUACAUGUGGGGAGCUCAGCCCAUUAUGCCUUAUGGGACUCCGCCAACACCAUAUGUCAUGUAUCCACCAGGAGGGUUAUAUGCUCAUGCUUCCAUGCCUCCGGGUUCAAUUCCAUUCAGCCCUUAUGCUAUGCCUUCUCCAAAUGGAAAUGCUGAUGGUGUUGGAGCCACUGCUGGUGGUUCGGAAGUGGAUGAUAAGUCAUCUGAAGGUAAGGAAAGAAGUCCCCUCAAAAGGUCCAAAGGAAGUUUAGGUAGCUUGAGUAUGAUUAUGGGAAAGAACAACAACGAGAUAGGUAAAACAUCAGGGGCAUCAGCAAACGGAGCCUUUUCUCAAAGUGGUGAAAGUGAAACUGAAAGUUCAAGUGAAGGAAGUGAUGCAAACUCUCAGAAUGAUUCACAGGCAAAGACUAGUGGUGGACAAGAAUCUUUGGGAGCAGCAGAGGCCUCUCAGAGUGGCAAUGUCGCACAUGGUUCUCACAAUGGUAUAAGUCGCACGGCGUCACAAUCAAAGUUGAAUCCAGCGAUAUCUAUCAUGCCUAUGCCAGCAAGCGGUGCAAUUGGAGGGGUUGUCAGCCCCACCACAAAUUUAAAUAUAGGAAUGGACUACUGGAGCACUCCAAGCUCAUCAGCUAUUCCUGCAAUUCCUGGCAAGGUACCUUCCACAGCAAUCCCUGGAGCUUUGCUUCCAGCAGAGCAGUGGGAUGAAAGAGAAUUAAAAAAGCAGAGACGCAAGCAGUCUAACAGGGAAUCUGCUCGGAGAUCUAGGUUGCGCAAGCAGGCUGAAUGUGAAGAGCUUGGUCAACGUGCCGAGUCUUUAAAGGAGGAAAAUGCUUCACUUAGAGCAGAAGUAAACCGGCUCAGGAAGGAGUACGAGGAUCUUCUUUCCCAGAACGCCUCUCUUAAGGAAAAACUUGGUCAGUUGCAGCAAAAAGCUGAUGACCCAAGGCUUGACAAAAAGGAACGAAAUUACAGUGAUGGAAAUGAGAAAAACCACACAGAUUUUAAUGCUAAACCGGACGAAGGGAAUCAAACAUAGUGUGCUCUUCCCAGUUGUAACAUGAUAAUUAGCAUUUUAUUUGUUGCAGUUGAUUGGUAUCAGGUAGAUUUGAUGCCAGCACUGACCUUCCUAGGGCUGUUUCCUGCUAUAAUAUUUGUCUUGGCUUAUCUUUUGACAGUCAAGAUUAAGCAGGAAAUGUAGAUUUGUGAGUGGAUAUCCAGUCUUAACUUUCUUGUUUGGAUAUUACUAAUAAACAUCUUCUUCGUCCUACUUUGUUUUUUGGCUAAAUUACAGAAAACCCCCCUGUCAAUACCCGCUUUUUCACUUUCCCCUCCUGUCAUUUAAAAACCUACAUUUUCCCCUCUUGUAAAAUGAAAAAUAUUCACUUCAUCCCCUGCCGUUAGUGCUCUGUUAGGGUUCCGUUUAUAAAAUAUUAUUAUAUUUUUUAUACCAAAAAUACCCUCAGCCUCCUCUCCUGUUGCCUCACCCUCCUCCGCCUGGCCGCCUCGCACUCCUCCGCUGCCUCGCCCUUGCCCAUAUCUCUGUUUGCGCCCACAAACACCCCCUCGCCCUUCUCCGCCGCAUCGCCUUCGCCCGCGCCCUUUUCCACCUCUCCAUUCAUGCCCACCUCAAUUUCCUCCUUACUGUCGCCGAAAUCGAGGGGUGACGAGGGUGUAGGAGGAGAAGGGAAGAAGGUGAAGAAGAAAAUGGAGACGAAUUGUGGUGGAUUGAGGUGCAAAAAAUGGAAGAGGAAAGGCGGCGGAUGAGCAAAAAUGGGGAAGAGACGAAGAUGGUGAGAGCAAAAUGAUCAUUUUGUCGUCACAGUUAAUACCGUACUCCCUUGUGAAUAUUUUUUAUUUUAUAAGGAGGCAAAGUGUAGGUUUUUAAAUGACAGGAGGGGAAGUGAAAAAAGGGGUAUUGACAAGGAGGUUUUAUGUAAUUUAGCCUUGUUUUUUUUUAACAGUUGGUGCUUUGUUUACUUGGAGAGGCUUGUAAUUGGUAAUGUAAUAAUUGUGAUUUUCAAUAUUGAUGGUAGUGAUAUAUUGUGCGUGCUUUACCUGAUAAAAAGAUAUAGUUGGUACGACGACCUUUUUUGUUUUUGUUUAAAUCAUUGUAAGUGAACUUUGAAUAUACAGCUGAAAUACUUAAUGAAGAUCCUAAAUAUGCAUUAUCUA